CGGCCACUUUUGAAUAUUGGAAUUCGGAAAGCCUCGUUCCCAAACAGUCUGUUAAUAUAUGGUUUUUACAAACUGCUACGUGUCAGUCAGUCAGUCUUUUCUUUCUAUUCGUUUGUUCUCCAUCCAAACAAUGAAAUCAAAUCAAAUCCGAACCCUUCCCUUUUACUCUCUACCCCUUCUCCUUUGCUGCUCCGUUUGCUCUCUACCAUCUCCAUCUCCGCUUUACCGUACAAUUACCAUUUUUUUUUUACCCUUCCUCUCUGUCUAGAAAAUCUAGCUCUUCCUUGGGGUAGUUCCAUGGCAUAUCGCCUUACUAUCUGAUCUGGAACGCCCUUUUUCUAAUUCUUUUUAGGUAAUAUUUUAUUAGUAGAAAAAGCCAAAUGGGUUCUCUUCAUGAUUCAAUAUCAGCGGCGAACGCGGCGGCAGCAGCGAACGGCAACACGGUGCCGCCGUUUCUAAGCAAAACCUACGACAUGGUGGAUGACCCAUCGACCAACUCGGUCGUGUCUUGGAGUAGCGGUGACAACAGUUUCGUUGUCUGGAAAGUACCGGAGUUUGCAAGGGACCUUUUGCCCAAGUAUUUUAAGCACAACAAUUUUUCCAGCUUUGUCAGACAGCUCAAUACUUAUGGUUUUAGGAAAGUUGACCCUGACCGCUGGGAAUUUGCUAAUGAGGGGUUCCUAAGAGGUCAGAAACAUCUCUUGAAAACCAUCAGCAGGAGGAAACCUGCUAAUGUCCACAGUAGUCAACAACCUCAAGUUCAGAGCUCAUCCAUUGGAGCUUGUGUUGAGGUAGGGAAGUUUGGGCUUGAAGAGGAGGUUGAAUGGCUUAAGAGGGACAAGAAUGUUCUCAUGCAGGAACUUGUUAGGUUGAGGCAGCAGCAGCAAGCCACAGAUAACCAGUUGCAAACUGUUGGCCAGCGUGUACAGGUAAUGGAGCAGAGACAACAGCAAAUGAUGUCUUUCCUUGCUAAGGCCAUGCAAAGUCCAGGUUUCUUAAGCCAGCUUGUACAGCAGCAAAAUGAAAGCAACAGGCGCCUUACUGGAGCAAACAAAAAGAAGAGACUCCACAGGCAGGAUGAAGAAAAUUUAACUGGUGAAAACAGUGUCAUAUCUCCUAGUGGACAGAUUGUAAAGUUCCAGCCUUCACUGAAUGAGGCAGCAAAGGCAAUGCUGCACCAGAUAUUGAAGAUGAAUACAUCACCUAGGUUGGAACCUUCGAUAGAUAAUCCUGGUGCUUUCAUGAUUGAUGGUGUUCCUCCUGAUGCAUUAGACAGCAGAAGCUCUUGCAGUCGUAUUUCAGGAGUGACACUCUCAGAAGUCCCACCAGCUUCUGGGCAGUCUUAUCUGCAAGCAGAAUCAGGUUUUCCUGACACUUGUCCAUCAACUGCCACUUAUUUAACAACUGAGAAUACUAAAGUGGAUCAAAUUUCUGAGAUAAAUAUGCAUAAAUCACAGAAAGAUGCAGUUUUUCCAGAUGUUCCUCAAAUGCAAGGGAUUAUGCCUGAUAAUGCUGUUGGACUUACUGAUAGAAGUUUGGCAGGGUCUGAGAGAGGGAAUGCAGAUUACCUUGAUCCAAUUUCAGCUGUUUUGGAUUGUCAAGUAUCUGUAGAAACUGAUGACUUGUCUGUGGAUCAUGAUAUGGACAUCUUACUGGAAGGGAGCCCUAAGCUUCCAGCAAUUAAUGACAUUUUCUGGGAACAGUUUCUUACAACAAGCCCACUCACUGGGGAUACUGAUGAAAUUAACUCAAGUUCACUGGAAAAUGGUGCAAAUGGGGAGCAGGAAGCACUGUUAGGUCAGGAGAAUGGAUUAGAUGGGAUGCAACAUAUGAAUCAUCUUACUGAGCAAAUGGGCCUCCUUACAUCAGAUAGCGGGAGGCUGUGAUGUCCUACUAAUUGUAUAUACGAGUUUAAUGCUGUUAUGAGAUGUUGAUGAUCUGUGAUGCUGGCAAGAAAAAGCUUUUGUUCAAAUAGAAACUUUUGUUGUUAAAGGAGCUAUUUACGAGUUAUAUGUACUAAUAACAUAACUUACAACCGAAAUGGUUAUCCAAAGAAACAUUAAUAAUGGUAUAUAUGUUCUGCUUCUCAACUAUAUUGUCAUCUUAGAAGUAUGUUCUGCUGUGUCCCUGUUUUAGCCGUAGAUGAAUCUCAGGACAUAGGCUUGAAAUGCGAUGCAGGAAAAAAAAUUCUUUGGCUAUUGCUCUAUUUUCCCUGCUAUACUCAUCAAAUGUUUGAUUAGGAUGCUCUAAAUCCAUCUCCUAUGUCUAUUUCUGCUUGAAGCAUGUAAUAACUUUUAAGCCACUCUCUAUCAUGAAUGACUUAAUGUACAAACGACCUUGAGAGGUUGACAUGACAACCCCCCUCACUUCAUCAUAAAAUGUAGUGAAGGGCAAAGUCUCUGGUCAUUGAGAUAGGAAAGAGAUAAUUGAAAUAUGGUAACAUUGUGUCAAUGAUAGUGUGGAAAGUUAUGUGAAGAAAGAGAUGAUCCCCAUUUUAGGCUUUUUUAUGGAUUCCUGGUUGAAGCCCGUCUUUCAUUCUUUCUGUGCUUUUGUUUUUUGAUAUGUUACAACUUGGACCAAAUAUUACUCAAGAAUGCUUUUAUCCCAACCAAAAA